AUGGAGGCCAUGCUGCUGGAGCACUUCCCCGGGGGCCUGGACACCUUCCCGCCCGCCUACUUCGACGAGGAAGACUUCUUCACCGACCAGUCGUCUCGGGACCCGCUGGAGGACGGCGACGAGCUGCUGGGGGCCGAGCCGGCGGAGGUGGAGCUCCUCAGCCGCCAGCUGCACGAGUUCUGCUGCCGCGACGGGGCGUGCCUGCUGCUGCCGCCCGCGCCCCCCGCCGCCCCGCUGGCCGGCGCGCAGCCCCCGGGGGACCCCGGCGAGCCCGGCGACGGCGGCCACCGCUGCGGCGCGGGGGCGCCCCUCGGCGGCUUCCCCUUCUCCCCCGGCUCGCCGCCCCCGUGCCUGGCCUACCCCUGCGCCGCGGUGCUGUCCCCCGGGGCCCGGCUCCGCGGUCUGAGCGGGGCGGCGGCGGCUCGGCGGCGGCGGCGAGUGCGCUCCGAGGCCGAGCUGCAGCAGCUGCGACAGGCGGCCAACGUGCGCGAGCGGCGCCGCAUGCAGUCCAUCAACGACGCCUUCGAGGGGCUGCGCUCCCACAUCCCCACGCUGCCCUACGAAAAGCGCCUUUCCAAGGUGGACACGCUGCGCCUGGCCAUCGGCUACAUUAACUUCCUCAGCGAACUGGUGCAGGCCGACCUGCCGCUGCGCGGUGGUGGCACAAGCGGUUGCGGGGGCCCGGGAGGCAGCCGGCACCUGGGAGGGGACAGCCCGGGGAGCCAGACUCGGAAGGUCAUCAUCUGCCACCGAGGCACCCGCUCACCCUCCCCCAGCGACCCGGAUUAUGGUCUCCCUCCUCUGGCAGGGCACUCUCUGUCAUGGACGGAUGAGAAACAGCUCAAAGAGCAGAAUGUCAUUCGUACUGCCAAGGUGUGGACCCCAGAGGACCCCAGAAAACACAACAGCAAGUGUUUUGACAACAUAGAGAACGAACCGCCGUUUGAGUUUGCAUCCUGA